AUGACUGUGCCUCUCGACUACACCGACAAAACGGGAAAUGCAACUCUCGAGUUGCAGCUGCAGCGAGCCCCGGCGCAGCAAAAGAGCAAAACCACAAAGAGCAUCUUGCUCAACUUCGGAGGACCUGGUGCCGAUGGCAUCGAGGACUUUGCGUAUUUUGCCCAGAGGAUGCAGGCUGCGACUGGCGGUGGCCACCAUCUCAUCAAUGUCGUUCCAAGGGGAACCGGCGAAACUCUACCGUUCUCCUGCUUCAGCAACGAUGUCCUCCGCACCGCAUCAAAUCAAGCCCUCGCCGGCAACGCGUCCAAUGUCGCCCUGGGCUACGUCUGGGAGAGGGCUGGCUUCUUCGCCUCCGACUGCCAUGCUGCUCAGAACAAGACGGGAAAUCUCGUCGGAACUGCAUUUGUGGCUCGCGACAUGAUGGAGAUUGUAGAUGCUCUCGGUGAAGACGGGAUGCUUCGUUUUUGGGGCGUCUCGUACGGCUCAAUACUAGGCUCAACCGCCGCGGCCAUGUUCCCCGACAAGAUUGACAAGAUGAUCCUCGAUGGCGUCGCUAACCCUUUUGAGUAUUAUGAGAACAGGCAUGUCUUCACGGAGACGGAACUCUUUUCCGACAGCGACAACGUCAUCAAGGGUUUCGUCGAGGGCUGCGUCGCCAACCCCAAGGCCUGCCCACUCGCAAAGAACCAGACGGCUGCUCAACUCGAGGAGUCCAUCUACCAACUUUUCCAGAAGCUCAAGUACGAACUCAUUGGCAUUCCGGUACCAGGAUACCCAGGAGGGGGGCUGCUCAUCGACUACAGCUUCAUGUCCGCCGUGAUAUUCCGCCAACUGUACACACCCUCCAUAUGGCAAUCCACGGCAAAAUGCAUUCUAGCCCUCAUGACUGGCCAGAACACGAGUCCCGGCCUACAGCACUGUGUGCCAGGCCUGGCACAGACGGCCAGCAAGGACGCAUCAGGGAAAAGGGACCAGGAAGCACAGUUCGGCAUCAAGUGCAGCGACGUCCGCGUUCACACAAAAAGCUUGACACCACAGGUGCUUCCCGUGCUCCAAGAGCGUCACAACAAGAGCCGAUUCUUUGGCGACCACGCCGACACUGUCCUUGCCAAGUGUGCCCAGUGGACGCUACCAGCCAAGGAGCGGUACAUGGGCGACUUCAACGUCAGAACCAAGAAGCCAUUGUUGAUUAUCGGGAACACGCACGACCCCGUCACGCCCCUGGUUUCGGCAAGGAAUGUCAGCGAGACGUUCAAGGGGAGUGUGCUUUUGCAGCAUGAUUCCUAUGGGCACGCUAGUUUGAUGCAGGCCUCGCUGUGUACGGCCAAGGCUAUCCGGUCGUACAUCGUCAACGGGACGAUGCCAGGCAAGGGAACAAAGUGUGAUGUCAAGGUCCCUUUGUUUUCGGGCAAGGAUGGCUGGGAUGAGGUGAUGGAGCAGCUGAAGAAGAGCCAGGCGUAUUAG